AUGGAAGACAACGAUAACAGCCUGCACCGUUUGGAAGGUACUGCAGGGGAUGCUCCUGGUGGUCUUAUAAUCAAAAAGAAGGAUAAACCAGAAGAAUUUCAGUUCGCCAGACCAUCCCUACUAGGACUCGAUAAGUUAGCAGCUGCCAAACGGAAACAGAACCGUUUAAUAUCUUUCCAAACUGAAGACAACGAAUCAGACGUAAGUCAAGAAGAAAGCGAUUCAUCUGCUGCUAAGGAAAGGAAAUAUAGAAGACAUAAUGAAGAAACUCCGACGUACACUGGUGGUCUUUCGGAAGAGGCGCGAAAAAGAAUGCUAGAACGAUUACAAAAAAAGGAAAAGGAAACAAGAGAGAAAGGUGUUCAUUACUCAUCUCAAGAAGAGAAAAAGUCUCGCUCAAAGGAUGAAGAUAUUGACAGACACUAUCGUCGUUAUGACCGUCAAGACAGAGAUAGGAGAUAUGAUGAUAGAAGAGACAGAGAUAGACAUAGAAGAGAUAGAGGUUCAGAUAGGAGAGAUAGAGAUAGACGAGACAGAGAUUCUGAUAGAGAUAGCUCCAGGAGAAGUUAUUAUGAACCAAGGUUUAAAGAUGAACCCAGGACUCCUAGCAUCAAAGCCUUAAAACCAACUGACAAAACAGCUUGGGACGAUGAUGAUGAAGACCCUAAGGCUAUUCGAAAAUCUAGUUGGGACUUUCCAACACCCUUGCCGCGAGAAACACCAGAUAGGUCAACUAGGAGUGAUAGAAAACCUAGCAGGGAUUAUAAAGGGAGACCCUAUGAUGACACACCUAGAGCAACACCGCAUAAAUGGGUUAGUUCGCGCCGCGGUUUAGACGUAGAUGACCCUGAGUGGCAGGAAGCAGAAAAGAAGUUGGACAGAGCUUGGUACAAUAUGGGUGAAGGUGAGACAGACGAAUCGGAUCCCUUUGCUGGCACAUCAGCAGAAUAUAUAGCAAAAAAAGAAGAACAAAUAGAAAAAAGAAGAAAUCGAAAAGUGUCUGCAGCAAGGCAGCAGAUAGACAAGGACAAUGAGCUGUGGGAAAGAAACAGAAUGCUAACGAGUGGUGUUGUGCAUUCUAUUAAUAUUAAUAAUGAUUUAGAUGAGGAAAGUGUGGAUAGAGUGCACCUUUUGGUCCACAAUAUUGUGCCUCCAUUUUUGGAUGGCAGAAUUGUGUUCACGAAACAACCGGAACCAGUGAUACCGGUCAAAGACCCAACAUCUGAUAUGGCAAUUAACGCAAGAAAAGGUUCUGCCUUGGUGAAAGCGUUCAGAGAACAGAAAGAAAGAAGAAAAGCACAGAAGAAACAUUGGAAAUUAGAGGGGACGAAAAUCGGUAACAUAAUGGGUAUACAGAAGGAACAAGAAGAAAUCGAGGAUGGUCCUACAAAGGAGGCCUAUAAAUAUGCCGAACAUCUUGAUAAAGAUGGGCAACAACCGGAGUCCAAAUCAGAAUUCGUAAAGAAGAAGACGAUAUCAGAGCAGAGGCGUUUCCUACCUGUCUUCGCAGUUCGAGAAGAGUUGAUGCAAGUUAUAAGAGAGAACAACGUCAUUAUCAUUGUUGGUGAAACUGGCAGUGGUAAAACGACCCAGCUUACCCAAUAUUUGCACGAAGAAGGUUUCAGUAAACUCGGUAUGAUUGGCUGCACCCAGCCCAGAAGAGUGGCAGCCAUGUCUGUAGCUAAACGUGUCGCUGACGAGAUGGGGACUAGGCUAGGUGAAGAGGUUGGCUAUGCCAUACGUUUCGAAGACUGCACGUCCCCGAAUACGGUGAUCAAAUACAUGACUGACGGUAUACUUCUCCGCGAGGGUCUUCGAGAGCCGGACCUGGACAACUACUGCGCCGUAAUUAUGGACGAAGCGCACGAGAGGUCGCUGUCUACAGAUAUGCUGUUUGGCUUGUUGAGAGAGGUAAGUGAUUGUUUUAACUGA